AGUCUGACUUCUCCGUUCUAAGCAAUAGCAUUAAAGUGAAUAAUGAAGACGUUCUUCAUCUUAUUUGCUUGUUUCCUUACAAUUUUGGUUUUCACGGAAGCUGAGUCGAAUAUCUUCUGCAUUCAUGGCAAGUGGGCGCACUAUCGAAAGGGUGAUGGACACUUUGGCGUAGCUCAAAUUGACCCAUUUCUCUGUACUCACUUAAUCUACACCUUCUUUGGCAUCGAUUCCGAAGCCAACAUAUUCUCGAGAGACGUUUGGCUGGAUCUGGAGGAGAAUUAUGGCUUGGGAAACAUAAAUAAGCUCAUCAAAUUGAAGGAAGUCAAUUCCGAGCUGAAGAUCUUGGCGGCAAUCGGUGGAUGGUUCGAGGGCUCAAAGGCAUUCUCAGACAUUGCAGACAAUGCGAAUUUGAGGAAGAGAUUCGUGAAGAAUUCCCUGCACUUUCUGCAGAGGUACAAUUUCGACGGAAUGUACUUGGAUUGGCAGCAUCCUGGCCACCGAGAGGGCAGCAGACCCACGGACAGAGAAGCCUUUACGCUGCUCGUGAGAGAUUUAGCUCAUGCUCUGCAUCCAAAGCACUACAUCUUGGCGGCUUUGGUCGCUCCGGAGCAAUAUACAGCAGAGUCCGCCUACAAAAUUCCCCGGUUAAGCAAGUAUCUGGACUUUGUCAUAUUAAAGACCUUCGAUAUGCAUGGAUUUUGGGGUGAAAAGAUCGGCAACAACUCUCCACUUUACGCCAAAGCAUGGGAAGAGAAUCAGGAGUUGCUUCAGAACAUUAACGCAGGCGUUUUCUACUGGCUGGAGAGAGGAACGCCUUCUCAGCAGCUCAUCGUUGGAGUUGCUGCUUAUGGGAGAGGAUUUAAGAUGCUGGCGGAUGGAAAUGUUCCAGGAUCUCCUCACUCAGGCCCUUCCAAUCCUGGUCCUUACACGAAUGACUCUGGGAUUUUGGGCUUCAAUGAACUCUGCGAAAAGCGCUUGACUGAGAAUUGGCAGGAUUUCUGGGACGAAGAGCAGAAAGUGCCGUUUUCCACGAGGGAAGAUCAGUGGAUUGGAUACGACAAUGAGGAAAGCCUCAGAAUCAAGGCGAGAUUCGUGAAGAGCUUCAAACUGGGCGGUUUAUUGCUAAAUAGCAUUGAGACUGAUGAUUUCAAGGGAUUCUGCGGAAGAGGAAUUUUUCCUCUGCUCAAUGCGAUAAUUGCAGCUUUAAAUGAGACAAGUGUGGACAGUGCACAAGGAGAUAGAAAGGUGUGCGUGAAUGUCAUGGAGACUUCUGGUAACCAUUUACCUAAUUGAAGUACUUAAUCUUAUACUAUUUUGGCACUUUUAGCAGUGUAGCAUGAACAGUGUGUAAGUAAAUUAGAGACUAGAGCAGAUUUUUACUUAAUAAUCAGAUAAAGCUGUCGUAAAACUCACUCUUCUUGUGUGCCCAAAAGCUCUUUAUCUUCGGAAGCAACAGUUGUUUAAAAAAAGACAAUUAAUGGGACAUCUUUCUCGCCAACACUUCACUUACGCACUCAACAACACUUGUUGCGUUGAUAAAGCUUUUGUGGAGCAGAAAAAUCACCCUCGAUGGUGAUUGAUGGCGGGUGAAAUUGAUGAACCUGAAAAGAGGAGUGAAUUGGAUUGUAGAUAAUGCUCAUGACAUUCCUAAAAACGCCGAUAAGCCAAUACAAUGUUUGAUAUGUCAAAGAAUGAUUGAGACUUUUCUGAAAUUUAUUCCUUUAAACAUACAAUUUUGGAAUGAACAUGACUGCUAUUCAUAUGUUAUUAGUUUUUAAGGUUUUCCUCUUCUCUUUAUGACAAUAUAUUUUUUUAUUAGCUUUUUCACCUCACAUUGCCUAAAUAUUAUUUCCACAUUCUUCGCUAAUCAUUUUCUUCUUCAUAAUUUAUUUAUAAAAUUAUAAGUUGCUUUACUUUAACCUUCUUAUCAUUUUGGGCGCAAAAUAGCAAAUAGCUUUUCUUUUCUUUUAUUCCAUCAUCAAAAUAUGCUCUUUCUGUCUCUUCUUUUUCCUCACUUUCUUCAUCUUUCAUAAUAUGGCAAAUGUUUUUUUUUAAGAACGUUCUUUAAAUAAAACACUAACUAAUAACACAAUGAUUCAAUGCAAUAUUUUCAACUAAAAAAUAGUAAAUAUAAAUCUUCUCCUUUUCCGAGUCCCGCACAAAUCAACUUCUCACGAUAUCACGAUCAAAACUUAAAGUGAAUUGUAAAAUUCAGUGUGAUUUCCAGCUUAAAAUGUAGCAUAAAUUAAUAAACACCUACAAGUUAUUCCUGUUCUACUUCUUGCCGCUCUACUUUCGCUGCCAAUCUACGUUUUCUCGCUAAGUUUUAUUACUGGUUUAUUCAAUCUACUAAUUCCUACUUUGCAGAAAUUUCUAAAGUUCCUCCCUUGCUUCAUAUGAAUAUAAUUUCUAUUUGGGAUCUUCUCACAUGGUUUCUUCAUUAUUCUGUCAAUCUAUCAUUUAUUUACACUUACAAUUGAAGAAAGAGCUCUAACAUAUGUACUUUAAUUCAUUAGGUUAAUGCUUCUUAAGAGAAGUUGUAAGCAAUAUUUUUUUUUACUUUUAAUAUACUUUAUCAUUUUUGGGCAAUUCUUGUGCACGUUUUUUCACUAAAUUUUUAUGUCAAAUUCAACUAAAAAAUACUCGUGUUGCGAAUUUUGCCAUUUUCUCUCUCUCUCUAAAAUAUUAGCCAAAAAGUUGAAAAAAUUUAAUUUUCCUGGACGAUUUGAAUUGUAUUUUUAUUCUUUUGUCAAUAUUCACCACUUGAAAGAGAAAAAUUCCAAUGACGGAUGGAUAAAAUUCAUGUUGAAAUUCAUUUUUCUUAUGUACACACAAUUUGUAGUUCUUUAUGCUUUCUCAAGUUUUUUUUUUGCAAAUUCAUCAAUAAAAUAUAUUAUGUGGUAAAAUUGUUGGACAAAGUUUGAUAUAUCAAGAUUUUAUUCUUCUUUAUU